AGGCUCAGAGCAAAAUUGACAGUUGAUAUCUGUGUAUCAGAAGCACAGAGUGAUUCUCCUCUCAAAGCCAAACUACUGCAGUAGAGUAUACAAGGCAGAGCAUAUGGAGCCUAACAGCAGAGAAACACUGCAGGCAGACUUUGAUACAUUUGAUAUUUCUGAAGAGCUUGGAUUUCUACUUGAAGAGCCACUGAGUAACCUUCCAGACUAUUAUCGGGUGUGGAUGGACCUGGCAAAUAAUCUCACACAUCUGAUAGAAUCAUGUAAACUACGGGAUCUGGUUCAUAAGAUGCCGGUCUUGAGUCCCCAUCUCUUGAGUAACCAUCGGGAGCUCAGGCUGGCCCACCUAGCCCUGGGAUUCAUCAGCAUGGGAUAUGUAUGGCAGGAAGGACAACACGCACCUGCUCAGAUUCUCCCCAAAUCUUUGGCCUGGCCCUAUUGGCUAGUGUCUCGUAGGCUCGGCCUUCCACCCAUCCUGACUUAUGCAGACUCAGUUUUAGCCAACUGGAAACUGAAGGAUCCAACAGGGGAUAUGGAAAUUGAGAACAUGGACUUGAUAUUUUCCUUUCCUGGUGGUGAGAGUUGCAGGGGAUUUUUCAUAGUGUCAUUGUUGGUCGAGAUGGCUGCCAGUUCAGGCAUAACGGGGGCUCUGGAGGUGAUGCGUGCUAUGAAAAUCUUGGACCUCAUCGGCAUACAAAAAGGUCUCGCCAAAGUAACUCAGUCUUUGAAGAAGAUGAAGGAAACUUUCAAACUCAUGCAUAAUCAUGUGGAUCCAACUGCGUUUCAUGGAACAUUGAGAAUUUUUGUUUCAGGGUGGCGAGACAACCCCAUGCUUCCAAGGGGGCUGCUGUAUGAAGGUGUGAGCAAUGAGCCAAUUUUGUUAUCAGGUGGAAGUGCAGCCCAGAGUUCAGCCAUUCAGUGCUUUGAUGCUUUGCUGUGCAUCCAGCAUGAGGAUGAGACAGGAGCCUUCCUGACACGCAUGAGGGAUUACAUGCCUCCUGCCCACCGUCAGCUGAUAGAAACUCUGUCUGUCUGUCCAUCUCUGCGAGACUUCAUCCUGUCCCAAGCCAGCUCUGAUCUUUGCCAAGCCUACAACUCCUGUGUCUCAGCACUGGUGGAUUUACGGAACUACCACCUCAAUACUGUGACCAAGUAUGUCAUUGUACCUGGUAAUCAAGCUCGCGCCAUGGGCUGCCCGCUCAGAGGUGUGGGCACUGCGCUGAACAAAACAGGGACUGGCGGAUCCAGCAUAAUGGUCUUCCUCAAGAGUGUUCGUAACACCACCCAAAAACCACUGAUUUUAGAAAAGCCAUUUGCGUCAAGAGAACCAGAAGCUGUACAUGUUAUCCAGAACCAGAAAUGGCAAUGAAACGCUCAAUUUCUGAUUAAAUUAGAGGAACUCUAGGGGACCUUUUUUCCCCUGAUGUUUUUAGCUGACAAUAACCACUGCCAUACUUCGCAAGCCCAUUUCUGCCAGGGUAAAAAAAUUAAAAGUUGACUUACUAUUUCAAACAAAAAGUCAAAAAUUUUCAAAUAUGUCUUCCAUACUACACAGUCCUUGACAUCCCUAAAUUAACUGCACUUUACUAUGACUUUAUAUAAUUCUGUGAAAUGAUUGUAAAAAAACCUUUACAGACCAUGCUACAGAGAUUGUCUAUGUUCAGUAUUGCAUUUUAUUUAUUCUGGUUAUAUAUGUACCCCAAACUACAUCUGUACACCCUUGAAUUUUAGUAUUAUUUUUGAGAUAAAUGACUUCAAUAACAUUUUGAAAAUAUUUUAUUCAGUAUUGAUAAAUAAAUAUUCUUAUCUUA